CAAGUGUGUCUCUGAGUUCUCAAAUAGCCUGAAAUGGCAGAUUCUUCGUUACCUCGAUCCAACUCUACCGAGUCUGAAGCUCCUUUACUCGAGAAGCACCACCCUUCCUUAGACUCCACCAUCGAACGGUGUAUAGGCACCUUCGGUUGGGCCCAACUCUUGCAAGCCAUCCUCGUCUCCUUCGCUUGGGCCUUCGAUGCCCAACAAACCUUCAUUAGUGUCUUCACCGAUGCCGAUCCCACCUGGCACUGCACUCGCUUGGACGACGAGUUAUGCAACUGGGCCCCUAACCCUUGUGGAUUACCCAGAAGCUCAUGGUCCUGGGAUAACCCAUUAAGAUCCUCAAUUGCUUCAGAGUGGAAUCUCACAUGCGCCGGACCAGUCAUCGCUGGUCUCCCGGCAUCUUCCUUCUUCAUGGGUUGUCUCGUGGGUGGACUCGUUCUAGCCACACUCGCCGAUUCGUCACUCGGCCGUAAGAACAUGCUAGUCCUCUCAUGUCUGAUCAUGUCGGUAACAGCCGCUUCCACCGUGUUCUCUCCCAAUGUCUGGGUCUACUCCGCCCUCCGAUUCCUCAGCGGGUUCGGCCGGGCGACCAUCGGCAGCGCCGCACUUGUCUUGACUACGGAGCUCGUCGGAAAACAAUGGAGAGGCCAAGUUGGUAUCAUUGGAUUCAUCUGUUUCACAAUCGGUUUCUUAUCCUUACCAGCCAUAGCCUACCUUACCAACGGCUCAUCAUGGAGAAUCCUCUAUCUCUGGACAUCGAUGCCGUCCAUCUGUUAUUGUAUCUUAAUUCAUUUCCUAGUCCGCGAAUCACCGAGGUGGCUCUUGGUUCGAGGAAGGAAAGAAGAAGCGAUUCUGACACUGAAAAGCAUCGGAUCAAGAACCCAGAGUAGCAUAAGCUAUAGCUUCUCAAGAUUACCAAUCGGAGAAAACGACGACACGAGUAGUAAUAACGUGGAUCUAUUCUCGGCGAUAAAGAUAUUAUUGGGGAAGAAAUGGUCUCGUCGACGGUUAUCGGCGGUUAUGACAGUUGGUUUUGGGAUCGGAAUGGUUUACUAUGGAAUGCCAUUAGGGCUUGGUAACUUGGCCUUCAGCCUCUACUUAAGCGUGACGUUUAACGCAUUAUCAGAGUUGCCAUCUUCGUUGAUAACGUUUUUCUUGAUAGGGAGACUGGGUAGGAAGAGUUCGGUGUUAGUAUUCACGAUAGUGAGUGGGGUUUGUAGUAUAAUGUGUGUGGUAGUAGGGAGAGGUAAUUCAUGGAAGGAGUUGCAGAUAGGGUUGGAAUUGGUAUCUUUCUUCAGUGCUUGUACGGCGUUUAAUGUGGUGAUGAUAUAUACGUUGGAACUGUUUCCGACGAGUGUGAGAAACUCGGCGCUGUCGAUAGUGAGGCAAGCUUUGGUGUUUGGAGGAGUGUUUAGUCCGGUAUUGGUGUCGGUGGGGAGAAAGAUGGAAGACGAGUUUUUGUCGUAUGGAAUGUUUGGGUUGGUGAUAGCGUGUUGUGGAUUGUUUGUGGCAUUCUUACCGGAGACAAAGGGUGCGACACUCUGUGACACAAUGGAUGAACAAGAGUACAAGGAAACUUAUCUUGCAUCUAAUGGCGAUGCAUCCUUAUCUGCGUGACCUCAACUCAUCU